GCAGUCGCAUGGCGCAUGUACAGGAAAAGUAAGUCAGAUAAUGGUCAGAUAACUCAAACAUAAUAACAGUACGUGCAUAAAUAGUGUAUAAUCGGUGUAUAUUAUUUAAUUAAUAAUGCUUAUACGUAUUUAAAUAACUAUCGCUGUAAUCUCUAGUAUGUGGAGCUCUCAUUUUGAUUGUUAAGUGUGGUUGAAGGAAAAUGUACAACGGAAUAGGUCUUCCUACCCCAAGGGGUUCAGGAACAAAUGGACAUGUUCAGAGGAAUUGGGCUUUAGUAAAGCCAAGGGUAAAAGAUCAAACCUACAAAACUGAAGACGAAUUGGCGAAACUUGAUGUUGCUAGUCAUCGGCCCCCUAACAAGGAAAUAUUGGACCACGAAAAGAAGCGAAAAAUUGAACUUAAAUGUGCAGAGUUUGCUGAAAUAUUAGAAGAACAAGGAUUUAAUGAAGAAACCAUUCUCAACAAGGUUAACAACUACCGAAACAUGCUCAUGGGUCACAAUACUGAUUUAGACAAAUCUAUUGAUAAAUGGGGAAGAAUCAAUGUAACUGAGACACAUCAAGUAGCCGAGGCACAACAAGAGAAAAACGCGCGUUUGCGAGAAGCGUUUGGAAUAUCGGAAUAUUUUGUCGAUGGGAGCAGUUUUGAUCCUAAUCGAGAUGCGAGAGAGCAAUUGGCGCGUUCCGAGGCUUUUAAAGAAAAGGAAAAACAAAGACUACUCGAACGGGAGAAAGAGAAGGAGUUAGAAAGAGCGCAUGCAUCACGCUACGAACUGGUUCACACGCCAAGUCCGGAACCGGAAGCUGCCGCCACUGAAGAGAAGAAAAAGAAAAAACACAGCAAAUCAAAGGAAAAUCAGCUAAUCGAUGAGGCAAAGAAAAAGAAAUCAAAGAAGCGCAAACGAGAAAAAUCAGGAAAAAAGGACAAAAAGAAAAAGCGCAAACGCCGUUCGACCAGCUCCUCUUCAGAAAAUUCAGAGUCGGACUCAGGAGUAAAGGAUACCGACAGUGAAAGCGAGAAAAAGAAGAAAAAACGCAAAACAAAAAAGAACGAGAAAAAGAAGACCGAAUCCAAAAAGAAAAGAACUCCUAGCGAAGAUUCCCACGAAAGUUCUGAAGAGGAAAUUCCAAAGAAGAACAAAUCCAACAAAAGAAAACUAGACGACGACGAAGACACCUAUCAGAGAAGAAAGUCUAGAAGAGACAAAAGUGUAGAAAAAGAUACUAGACGUCGCUCCUUGAGUGAAGAUAAGAAGCAUAAAUCCCGCAAAGACAAGUCACCGAGCAAAGAGAUACGGAAUCGCAGAGACAAAUCUGUAAGCAAGACAAGAAAGGCAAGAUCCAGAAACAGAAAUAGAGCAUGUAGUGCAGACAGAAACGAAGAAGUUCGAAUUAGGAGACACACAACUAGAUCUGCAAGUCAUGAAGAGAAAGAACGCUCACGAAGCAGACAUAGGUCUCGUGGUAAAAAUGAGAGAUCUUCAAGUAGAACUAGAAGAGAUAAAUCAAAAAGGAGAAAUCAUUCUAGAAGCAGAUCUCCAAGUAACAGUACAAGAGCUAGACGAUCAAAAUCUUUAAGCAAAGAUCGUAAGAGAUUUAACAAGGGAAGUCGAAAAUAUUCACCCACACGAGACACCUCCCAUUCUCCAAGCCAAGAAAGACCUACUACUAAAAAGUCGUCCAUCAGGUCUCCAUCUAAAUCACCUAGGCGUGAAGCAAGGUCAGAGAACAAACAAAAAGAACGCAAAUCCAGGUCCAAAUCACCUUUAAGAAGAAGAGAAGAAUCCACAUCUAGAAAAAACUAUGAAGAUAGAAAUAAUAAAUAUUAUGGCAGCAGUAGCAGUAAUAGCAGAAAUAGGGGAGGUACAAGUCCUCCAUACAGACACAAAAGUCCAGUAAAAGAAAGAUCAAAAUCCAGAGAUUCUGCCGAUUACAAGAAAAAGAAUUACGAUAAACAAACUUCUAGAAGAGAAAGAUCUACUUCGAAAGAGUUUGCGAAAUAUACGCGAAAAGAGAAUGAAAAGCCAGAUCGUAGAAGCAGAAGAUCAAAUUCGAGAGAUUCUUCCAAGAAUACCCGCAAAGAUUAUGACACCCAACGAACAAAAAAGGAAAGAUCUCGAUCUAUGGAUUCAGUCGAUCGUAUUGAUAAACAUUCUAAACAUAGUUGGUCCAAGAAAAACAGAUCCCGUUCUAAAGAUAAAGAAUCUUGCAUGACACCAAAACGAAGAUCGUAUCGAUCACCAUCGCCGAAUAAAAAAAUAGAAAAAUCAAAAGAGCAAACGUCACGAAACUUUACAGAAUUAUCUUGGAAAUCGAAAAGAUCAUCUUCUUGUUCUAGAUCUCCCAAAUUAAAACCUUUCAAUCACAAAGAAGGCACAGAUCAUACUAGAGCUUCUGAAAAGAUGGACAGAUAUGAAAGGAAUAGAGAGAAAACGCCAAAAGCACUAUCAAAGGAAAAACAUUACUCUCCAAAAGAAGACAGCAAAGAGAUCGAAAGUAGUAGACAUCAUUACCGAGAGAGAAGUGAUAGACAUACGUCACCGUCAUCUCCUCCAAAGAAAACAGGUGUAGUUAAAAAAGAUUCAUCUCAUUCUUCUGAUUAUUUGCCUACUGGAAGUCCACCAAGAAAUAAAAGCAAAUCGCAUGAAAAACGCAGCAGAAGUAGAUCAGUUGAAAGAAAAAAGAUUGACCGAAGAAGCCCAUCUUUCAGUAAAAUAAAGAGCCCCAAAAUUAAACUCAAACCAGACAGUACACCACCUAUCGAAAACAAAUCCAAACGGGAAAAGAAAUCAGACGAUAAAAAUCGCCAACAGAUGCCAGUGGUACGUUUGAGAUCUCCUAGUGACGACGAAAAAAGCAAUGACGAACACGAACGUAGCGAGGACGAAGAAAAAGAAAAAGAGAUGCGAAUGCUAAGACUGCUUAAGUCUGGCUUGGCUGCCAAAGCUAAAGAAUCACUAGAAAAAAAGAUUCCGAAGAUGACGAAUAACAAAGAAGUAUCAAGUGUUUUAAAGAUGAGCAGGAGUAGCAUGAUGAAAGGUGAAAGUCUAGAUCCCGAUUCUUUCGACAUCAAGGUGUUACCAACAACUAAUAAAUCGUCAGCUGAUGACUUAACACCUGUAAAAGACAAAUCAAAAUUGAAUAACGACGAAAUCAGCAGUGAUUUUGUACCCUUUAAAAAGGACAAAAGCAGUUUAAGAAAACGUGCCAGCGCCAGCACAAGUAGGUCCAGGUCACCAUCUAGAAAUAGCAGUGAACGUAGCAACAAGUCCAAGUCUAGAUCCGGAAGCUCCUCGAGAUCCUACAGUGGUUCCAGAGGAAGCCGCAGUCGCUCAUCUUCAGCAAGUUCCGCAUCUGGAUCAAGAUCUAGAUCAAGAGAGAGGAGCAGUUCGAGAAGUAGUUCGUCAUCUUCCAGUUCUAGUUCAUCGAGGUCGAGGUCCCCUUCUAUUCCUAGACGUAAAGGUUCUCCCAGUUUUUUGGACAGACGCCGUAUAACAAGGUGAGACGUAGGCGCGAUGUGUAGGACUGACUCCAUUGCUUCACUGACGCGCCCCAAAAACUCGUGAAAUUGAAAGUUUUUAGUCGUUACAUUAAGAGAGAAAGCGAGAGGGAAGAAUGUUUUGUUUUUAUUAUUUUUUUUGUUUCGUGUCUUUGCAGUGAGAUGAGAUGUAAUUUGAUGUUUUUCUUAAUUUUUUGAACGUGUAAUCUUUACUAUUAUUGUAUGGAGACGUUUUGUAGAAGAAAAUAAAUCUUUAUUUACCUUA